AUGGAGCUGACUUCUCGGUCCAACUCCUCAGAGUCGAUAAAGUUGGUAGAUCAAUCAAAAAAUAAUAAAGAACAAGAGUCAUCGCUAGCAUCUGAAGAUGCAAAUGACGAUAUUUUGCAAUCAUAUCAUGGACUGGCACUGGACUUGGAAGUUAAUGCAAUUAAAAGAGAAGAGGCCUUGUAUGAUAAUGCACUUGAUCAAUACAAUCCCGAUUUAAUAGCCCUAGGGUCUAAUGCACUAUUGUCAAGGCAAAUUUCACGAAUAAUUACAAAUACCGAACUGCGAAAGCUGGGAAAGGCCUGGGCGGAAAAAAGUGGAACUAUUUUUUUGCUCGGAGAAGGCAGAGAGUUGCCACCUGAUCUACCAGAUAGGUCAGCAUUUAUUGUUUCAUAUAACGGAAAGGAUGAUACUGACCAUCCCCAUAAUUACUCGCUAUGGACAAAGAUAAUGUAUUCUUUUUGCGUAGGACUAGCUGCAUUAUCGGUGUCUAUGGGAUCAGCCAUGUUCUCUGCUGGCGAUACAGAAAUUAUGCAUAUUUUCCAUAUAGGUGUUUCGGUUGCGGCACUAGGCACUUCGCUUUUCGUGCUUGGGUUUGCAGCGGGUCCUGUUAUACACGGACCAUUAUCAGAGUUACUUGGGCGUAAAGUGGUUAUGAUCAUUUCAUGCCUUGGGUAUGUGUGUUUUUCAUUCGGUGUGGCUACUGGUAAAGAUAUACAAACCGUCAUGAUUUGUCGGUUUUUUGCUGGGUUUGUUGGUAGUGCGCCUUUUGUUGUUGCACCAGCAGUUAUGGUUGAUUUAUUCAAUGCAAAACAUCGUGGCGUAGCUAUUGCAGUAUUUUCCUGUACCUUGUUUGGAGGACCAAUGUUUGCUCCUAUACUAGGUGGUUUUACAGUGAAAAACCUGGCAUUGGGGUGGAGAUGGACUUCGUAUUUCUCAGCAAUCAUUGGAUGUGUUGCUUUAGUUUUGAACACUUUUGUACUAAAGGAAACUUACCAUCCUUUUUUGCUAGUAAGAAAAGCAGAAUUGUUAAGAAGAAAAACUGGUAAUUGGGGGAUUUUUGCUCCUCAUGAGGAAGUUACUUUGAGUUUCAGCGAAAUUGUCCGAAACAAUGUGGCGAGACCAUUGAAAUUGUUAAUUACUGAACCAAUUAUCUUAUUGGUUAGUCUUUAUAACGCAUUUAUUUACGGUAUGCUAUAUAUGUUCCUUACAGCAAUACCAAUUAUAUAUUCGGGAGGUUAUGGAUGGAGUCAAGGUGUUGCAGAACUACCAUAUAUCUCGAUGUUUUUAGGGAUAAUAUCGGGAUGUGCGUUAAUUGUUUGGUUUGAGUUUUAUACAAAUAAGAAAAUUGAAGCUCACGGACAUAAACCCGUUCCAGAAGAUCGAUUACCACCGGUUAUGGUUGGGGGUUUCACAUUUGUGAUUGGAAUCUUUUGGUUAGGAUGGAGUGGUGAUUACCCCAAACAAGUUCACUGGAUUGUGCCUACAAUAGGAGCAUUUUUUAUUGGUAAUGGGUUAAUAUCGAUCUUCCUUCCCACAAUGAACUACAUUAUUGACUGCUAUUUAUUCAUCGCAGCUUCGGCUCUAGCAGGCAAUGCUUUUAUCCGUUCAGCAUUUGCGUCAGCAUUUCCUUUAUUUUCUACACAAAUGUUUACUAACUUAACGGUCAAAUGGGCAUCAACGUUAAUCGGAUGUUUGGCGGUUCUUAUGUUUCCUAUCCCUUUUUUAUUCUAUAAAUAUGGAGCAACAAUUAGACAAAAGUCAACACAUGCUUUGCAUUAA